AUGGCCAUUGAGAAUAAAGGAUCGACUGAAAGGAUAAAUGAAACGUACCGCUAUGUAUUGCGUCUUUAUGGUCACCUUAUUAAUGGCCAAAAGGUACUGGUAACUCUUAUAGACAUUCAAGUUUUAUUUGAUAUUCUCGUACCAGAUGGAGGGACUCCAGAUGAAUGUGAAGAAAACGUGAACAAAAUUCUCUCUGGCAUUGUGAAAUCAUUUAAAAUAAAGCACAUUAAAGCUUUUUCUUUUUGGGGUUAUCAUAUUGAAAAAAAGUCAUAUUUACGAAUUUAUACAAAUGGUACUGGAGAGAGAAAGAAAGCCAUCCAAGCUAUCCAAGAAAAUAAUUUUGAAAUUGCUUCAGAUGAUUUAUACUUAUUCCACUGA